CCAGGCUUUUGAUUGAGCUUCGACACUGUGACGACGUCGUAAUUGAAAAAGCAGGCGCAAUUGCCUGAAUUUACCUCAGAAAAUAAUUUUCAACAACCGAUCUUCAGAAUUUUCCUGAAAAAAUCCCGGUAAUUGGUUCAUUUGAGACCGGAAGACGAUGGUUAUGAUGAUGAUGAAGACGACGAUGAAGAGAAGAGCUUCUUCUGCGUUGAUUGUUUCCAUUGCUCGGCCUCAGGAAGCAGCGGCUUCAUUAGGUACUCCUGCAGGUUGUACUACUCUUGCAUCAUUCCUCUCUGCAUUCCCAAACCAUAAACCCCAUUUGGCUUUUUAUUCUGUUAUUAGUAGUAAAUUUAAGAGUUCUUCUGAAAAAGCUCUGAAAUUUCAACCUGAAUUAAGGAAUGAUAUUAAUAAUGUCAACAGUCUUGAUGAUGCUUUGAGCUUGUUCGAGCGGAUGGUCCGGAUGAGGCCUUUGCCUUCUGUUAUUCAAUUCAAUCAACUGCUGACUUGUAUUGUUAAGAUGAAGAAUCAAUAUUCUUCAGUUAUUUCCCUUUUUAGAGAUAUGUGUGUCAAGGGCAUUCCUGUCGGUGAGUACACCCUCACUAUUGUGAUUAACUGUUACUGCGUUGUGGGCCGAGUGGAUUUAGCUUUUUCUACAUUGGCUGGCUUCUUCAAACGUGGUUUUGUUCCCAAUGUAGUCACCUUCGGCACUUUGCUUAAGGGACUUUUUCGAGAACAAAAGGUUCCUGAGGCGCAAGAAUUGUUCACAAAGAUAAUCAAGGAAAAACUUUGUAAACCCAAUGAAACUAUGUUGGGCAUUGUUAUAGAUGGGCUCUGCAAGGCAGGAAACACUCAAACAGCCAUUGAAUUCCUCAGAGCAAUGGAAAAACGAGGAAGCCCUUGUAAACCUACUGCAAUUAUUUACAAUACCAUCAUUGAUAGCUUGGGCAAGGAUAAAAUGGUUGAUGAAGCUCUUGCCCUCUUACAGGAGAUGAUUGAAAAGGACAUUCCCCCGAAUGUUGUCACUUACAGUUGUUUGAUUCAGGUUCUGUGCAGCUUAAGCAGAUGGAAGGAUGUUGACAAGCUCUUUGCUGAGAUGAAGGUUUAUAAAAUUGUUCCAGAUGUUAUUACUUUUAGUAUAGUGGUGGAUGCACUAUGUAAGGAAGGGCAUAUAGAAGAUGCUGAAGAGGUAGUCCAGAUCAUGAUCCAGCAAGGUCAAAAUCCUGACCUGGUCACAUACAGUUCCUUAAUGGAUGGGUACUGUUUACAGAGUCGAAUAGAUGACGCAAGUAGAGUUUUCAAUACCAUGAUUGCUAGCGGUCUUACACCCGAUCUCCAUUGCUAUGGUAUUCUAAUAAAUGCCUAUUACAAGACCAAGAAAGUGAAAGCAGCCAUGAAGCUCUUUCGAGAGAUUCCACAUAAAGGUUUAACACCUAAUAUUGUUAUUUAUAACACUGUGUUGCACGGGUUAUUUAGUUCAGGAAGGUAUCUUAGUGCACGAGAUAUUUUCAAUGAGAUGCAAGCUUAUGGCAUGAAGCCUGAUUUUCCCACUUACUGUGUGGUACUGGAUGGAUUAUGCAAGACUGGACAUAUCGAUGAAGCAUUGCAGUUAUUCCAUGAAAUGGAAACUGAUGGAACAAAUCUUCGCAUAAAAAUGUACAAUAUCAUCAUUGAUGGGUUGUGCAAAAGCAGGAGGCUUGAUAGUGCUCGAGAUCUUUUCAACAAUCUCUCCCUUAAAGGAUUGGACCCUGACGUCAUAACAUACAACACCAUGAUUUCUGGCCUGCUUUCAGAAGGUCUGCUCAGCGAAGCUAAAGAACUCAUUGGAAAAAUGGAAGAGAAGGGUUGCUUGGCAAACAGUGUUACAUACAAUGUCAUUCUGCAAGGACUCCUUAAGGGCGGUCAUUAUGAUGAUGCAGUGGUCUAUUAUGAAGAAAUGGUUCACAAAGGAUUCUUGCUGGAUGCAUCUACGUUUUCCAUUUUACUUGAUUCAUCCGCUGGAAAUCAGAGCAAUCCUUCUCUACUAAUGUUAAUGCUGAAGACUGAUCCUGACAGCAAGAAGUUCAAGGAUGGGGGACAAAGUGGACCUUCACAUUACCGCUUUGCUUGGGGUAGUUCAAUUGAUAAGUGUAGCAGAUCAAAGAAAUCUGCUGCCAUUAAUUGGAUUUGUACCACUUCUUAUGAGCGACCUCUUGUCAAUCUUUCCAUGGGGAACCUCAGUGUGGCAUAUCACUUAAGUGCUAAGUAUCUUAUGCUGAAGAAUGAUGGAUUAUAUCUAUUGGCUGUGGAGGAGGACCGGAAGACGAUGGGGAUGAUGAUGAUGAAGACGACGACGAUGCAGAGAAGAGCUUCUUCUGGGGUGAUUGUUUCCAUUGCUCGGUCUCAGGGAGCAGCGGCUUCGUUAGGUACUCCUGCUCCUGCAGGUUGUACUACUCUUGCAUCAUUCCUCUCUGCAUUCCCAAACCAUAAACCCCAUUUGGCUUUUUAUUCUGCUAGUAGUAGUAAAUUUAAGAGUUCUUCUGAAAAAGCUCUGAAAUUUCAACCUGAAUUAAGGAAUGAUGAUAUUAAUAAUGUCAACAGUCUUGAUGAUGCUUUGAGCUUGUUCGAGCGGAUGGCUCGGAUGAGGCCUCUGCCUUCCGUUAUUCAAUUCAAUCAAAUGCUGACUUGUAUUGUUAAGAUGAAGAAUCAUUAUUCUUCAGUUAUUUCCCUUUUUAGAGAUAUGUGUGUCCAGGGCAUUCCUGUUGAUGAGGCCACCCUUAAUAUAAUGAUUAAUUGUUGCUGCGUUGUGGGCCGAGUGGAUUUAGCUUUUUCUACAUUGUCUGGCUUCUUCAAACGUGGUUUUGUCCCUAAUGUGGUCACCUUUAGCACUUUACUUAAGGGACUCUUCCGAGACCAUAAGGUUCCUGAGGCGCAAGAAUUGUUCAAAAAGAUAAUCAAAGAAAAACUUUGUAAACCCAAUGAAACUAUGUUGGGCAUUGUGAUAGAUGGGCUCUGUAAGGCAGGAAACACUCAAACAGCCAUUGAAUUCCUCAGAGCAAUGGAAAAACGAGGAAGUCCUUGUAAACCUGAUGCAAUUAUGUAUAAUACCAUCAUGGAUAGCUUGUGCAAGGAUAAAAUGGUUGAUGAAGCUCUUGCCCUGUUACUGGAGAUGAUUGAAAAGGACAUUCCCCCCAAUGUUGUCACUUACAGUAGUUUGAUUCAAGGUCUGUGCAACUUAAGCAGAUGGAAGGACGUUGACAAGCUCUUUUCUGAGAUGAAGGUUUAUAAAAUUGUUCCAGAUGUUAUUACUUUAAGUAUAGUGGUGGAUGCACUAUGUAAGGACGGGCAUAUAGAAGAUGCUGAAGAGGUAGUCCGGAUCAUGAUCCAGCAAGGUCGAAAUCCCGACGUGGUCACAUACAGUUCCUUAAUGAAUGGGUACUGUUUACAGAGGCGAAUAGAUGACGCAAGGAGAGUUUUUGAUACCAUGGUUGCUAGCGGCCUUACACCUCAUCUCCAUUGCUAUGGUAUUCUGAUAAAUGCCUAUUACAAGACCAAGAAAGUGAAUGCAGCCAUGAAGCUCUUUCGAGAGAUUCCACAUAAAGGUUUAACACCUAAUAUUGUUAUUUAUAACACUGUGUUGCAGGGGUUAUUUAGUUCCGGAAGGUAUCUUAGUGCACGAGAAAUUUUCAAUGAGAUGCAAGCUUCAGGCAUGAAGCCUGAUUUUCACACUUACUGUGUGGUACUGGAUGGAUUAUGCAAGACUGGACAUGUCGAUGAAGCAUUGGAGUUAUUCCAUGCAACCCAAGCCAAUGGAACAGAUCUUCACAUUGGAAUGUACACUAUCAUGCUUGAUGGGUUGUGCAAAUGCAGGAGGGUCGAUAGUGCCCGAGAUCUUUUCAAAAAUCUCUCACUCAAAGGACUGGACCCUAAUGUUUUGACAUACAGCAUCAUGAUUGCUGGCCUACUUUCAGAAGGUUUGCUUGUGGAAGCUAAAGAGCUCUUUGAAAAAAUGGAAGAGAACGGUUGCUUGGCAGAUAGUGUUGCAUACAAUGUCAUUCUGCAAGGACUCCUUAAGGGAGGUCAUUAUGAGGACGCAAUGGCCUAUUACGAAGAAAUGGUUCACAGAGGAUUCUCUUUGGAUGCAUCUACGUGUUCCAUUUUGCUUGAUUUAUCUGCUGAGAAUCAGAACAAUCCUUCUGUGCUAAUGUUGAUGCUGAAGAUUGAUCCCAAUAGCAAGAAGUUCAUGGAUGGGGGACAAAGAGGACCUUCACAUUAGUUGUAACGUGUUGGCCCUGCAGUUUUUUGACCCCUAAACUUUAAUUUGUUGGAACUAUCGUUUGGAUCCUGUUGUCACUUAUCAUCUUUGAUGCAAUUGAACCUUAGAGGAGAUCUGUUGGUCGUAUUUUGUGAAACACGUCAAAGAUCUCCGGUUUGGUGGUGAAGCCGCUUUGCUUCCGGAAGUUCAAUUGAUAAGUGUAGCAGAUCAAAGAAAUCUGCUUCCAUUAAUUGGAUUUGUACCACUUCUUAUGAGAGACCUCUUGUCGAUCUUUCCAUGGAGAACCUUAGUGUGGCAUAUAACUUAAGUGGUAACUUGUACAGGUUAUUUUUUCUUCGUUUUUCAUGGGUGUUGGAACUUUAGCUUCCCUGUCAAUUUUACUUUGGAUAACUAAUAUUUUAAUUUGUUGUAAAUAAGAAAUGAAAUCUCAUAUGCAAAUAUAGUUUGUGACUUUGAAUUUCCGGAAAAGUUUUAAGCUGCAUUUCUGCAAUUUCAAGAAAUUUUUUCUAAGAUAAAAUUGUUAAUUUUAUUUUGAUUCUUAAGUGGUGCCAAAGUUGCAGCCAGUUUAUAAGUGUAAAAACUUUCUAGACCAGUUUCUUGCUUUGGAUUCAUAGUUUGAGGUCCCUAGGAUAGUCAUGGUUAUUGAUUUUUUUUUCACUGCAUUUGACUGUACCCAAACUCUUUAAGCAUGAUCCAGAAAAAAGUAUUCUGACCACUUCCCCUCUAAUUGUCAAUGCUAUACUAAAUUGUAUAGACAUUCAGUAGGAGUGUGGCAAAAAUAUCGUUCUUUUGCAAUAACUUGGAAUAGUUCAUCCAAGAAACUCUCCGUUUUUUGACAAUAUACCUGAUUAUGGGUUUCUAUCUUAGUAUUUGGUUGUUCCUAAGUUAAAAUAAUAAUUAAAGAAUAGGUUUUUAUUGCACAACUGCUAUUAGGUCACCAUCUGCAAUAGUUUAAAAAAAAAAAAACUUACUGGCACAUCACAAUGGUAAUAAUAUACUUUUCUAGUCUACCAAGUUUCGUUUCUAUCAUUUUUUUUUAAAAUUCUGGCAGAGCAGGAGAGCAGUGGAAUUUGUAUAGCAGUGUGAAGAUUUGACUUCAGCUUAGACUGGAGAGAGACAAUUAAUUAGAUGCCAUCAAUUAAUCAAGAAACUGGAAUCCCAAACCCCGAGCCAACUGAGACUGCCGAGAGUUCCUUUGCACUUGAGUUAAAAACCAUAGGGCACAUAUGUCAAAAAAAGUUGCAAAAUCUUUGACUAUGAUCUAUCGUCUUCCUCAAUGGCAUAUUGACUAUGAGAAGUUGAAUAUUACUGGUAUCAUUUGGAUAAAACAAGACUUGAUCAGACCAUGCAGGCAAAGGAAAAGAUGGCGACAAUGGGAAAUCCUGUCUCUGUUCCUUGGGUGUUUUCCUCUGGUGCCGAUGCUGCCAUUUGAAGGCUCUUAUUCUUGCUUGAGAGGGGUAAAAAUGAAAUGUAUUGUAAUAACUAAUUAGUUUUAUAUACUUGCCAAUGUACAGGAUGCCUAUUAAUUAAAAACCACAAAAAGUACAGCUGUUCAUAAAAAAAAAGA